AAGCUACGAAUAGCAAGAUCUAAAAACUACAACAGUAUAGUGAAAGUUAAACACAAAGUGUAAAGUGCAGUUUGCACAACUAACAAUUAUUGACUAUAGUAAUUAUUUACUAAAAUAAAUAAUUAUUCCAUAUUGUUCUGGUAAUUGUUAUAUGUGGACUUAGAACAAUGAAUCAAAACGACAUACGUUCUCAGCGACAAUGUGAACAAGACGAGCGCCGGCUCUCUUUACAACGCAACAAUGCAUACUUUUCUUUCGUCUCACCGCAAAUCGGUGAUCGAGCACCCUCACCUUCAACUAACUCGAAACUUUUGCCCUCAGAGAACGACAGACCGCGUUCUUGCUCUCCCUCUCUGCCUGCUUCGGCUCACAAGUCGUGGAGCGAAGAGACCGCCUCUCCUACCCCGCUCCUCUCGCAGCGCCAAACGACCGUCCCGGGUAACUGUAACACUGCAAUAACGAGUGCAGUGACCUCACUGGCAACUGUCACUGCUACCACAACAACAACUUCGUCAGCGGCCCAACUAAUUAUCGCUGUGCCAGCUGUAAAUAAUUCAGCAGCACUGACCGUUUGCAACAACAAUAAUGCACGCAAAGAAGAAUCAAAACAAAAGCAGAAGUCGAUUUCGACUGUGCAGACUGGCAUGGAUCGCUACAUCCAAAUCAAGAGAAAGCUCAGCCCUCAAAACAAUAAGGCAGGUAAUCAACCCAAAAUCAAUCGAACCAACAACGGCAAUGAAAACUCUGCAGUAAAUAAUUCAAACCGAUAUGCCGAUCUUGGCUGAUUCUGCGACCGAACAACCCAACGAAAAAACGGUAGGGGAACCAAAAAAGACCAGGCCUCCACCAAUUUUCAUACGAGAACAAAGUACAAAUGCACUUGUAAAUAAACUCG